AUGCUUGUUUCGGUGUUACUGUUUAGCAUUUGGGGUGUUAGCUGUUGCAAGAUCAGCUGGGAUUCAGUCAUGAGAAUGAGUGUAAACCUCCGUGAUCUUUUUCUGUAUGAGGCUUUUCUUUAUUACAAUCCUUUGCUACUUGUGACGAUAAUGGUUUGGUUUUGGGGCAUGAACCUAUGGGUUUUUGCACAGGCUAAUGUUAACUUUCCUAAAAUUUUUGACCUCGAUCAAAAUCAUCUCUCUCACAGAGAGAUUUGGAAGUGUGCUACCUGGAUGACCAUCAUUGUGCCAACUAGCAUGACAGCCUAUCUCUAUCUCUAUUCAAAUGGAGAAGUUACGUUGGCUGCAUCUCAACCAGUGCUCCUAUAUGCUGCUUUCGCCAUGGCUCUGAUAUUUCCCUUUCAUAUUUUCUAUUUAUCAUCUCGCUACUUUUUGUUAAGAACACUUUGGAGGACAGUUUUCCCGCUUCAGGCAAUAGCUUUUGCUGACUUCUUCCUGGCUGAUAUAUUAACUUCUAUGUCAAAGGUAUUUUCAGAUUUAGAGCGUUCAGUUUGCAGAAUGGUUCAUCGACAGGUUGCUACCAUUGCAUGGUUUGAAGCUGAUUCUGUUUGUGGCAGUCACUCUGUUGCAAUUCCUAUAGUUCUUGUAUUGCCUUAUCUAUUUCGUCUAUUUCAAUGUCUACGGCAAUACAAGGAUACUAGAGAUAAGACUACCUUGUUCAAUGCUUUAAAAUAUUCAACAGCAGUACCAGUGAUAUUUGUGUCAGCCCUUAAGUAUCACGUAUUCCCUGACAACUGGGUUAACCUUUACAGGCCUUUGUGGCUUGUCUCAGCUGUUGUGAACUGUCUCUAUUCAUUUUAUUGGGAUCUGACAAGAGAUUGGGACUUAAGUUGUUUCACUCUGGUUUUCAAGUUCAACAAGCCACAUAUUUUAUCACAUUGCUUGUACGGACGCAAAUGGGUGUACUUUUGGGUGAUCGGAAGCAACCUAAUAUUGCGAUGCACGUGGACAUACAAGCUCUCUGCCCAUCUCCGGCACAAUUACCUCACAGUAUUCACAAUAACUGCUCUUGAGAUGUUCCGUCGUUUCCAGUGGGUUUUCUUCCGUGUAGAAAAUGAGUGGAAUAAGAUAAGCACCAAAUCAUCAAAUACUCAACUCUACAUGGGUGACGUCCCUAAAGAAGAAGAAGAAGAAGAACUACUCAACUCCAAUGGUCACAAUGUAUAG